AUGGUGCCCAGGCCAGGGGGCUGCGGUGUACUGCUGCUGACUUUGGCCACCACUCUGAAGCUGUCUAUGAGUACCCCCGGUUCUUGGGCAUCCUGGAUUGUAGGAGGCCAUGAGGUGACGCCCCACUCGAGGCCCUACAUGGUUUCUGUGAGUUUUGAGGGCCGGCACCACUGUGGAGGGUUCUUGCUCCGGGCCCGCUGGGUGGUCUCAGCUGCCCACUGCUUCAGCGACAGAGACCCGGGUGCUGGCCUAGUGGUGCUGGGGGCCCACACCCUGCAAGCCUCGGAGCCCACACGGCAGGUGUUGGGCAUUACGGCCAUCAUCAGGCACCCUGAGUACCAGCUCGAGACCCACGCCAAUGACAUCUGCCUGCUGCGGCUGAACGGCUCUGCUAUCCUGGGCUCUGCGGUGGGGCUGCUAAGGCUGCCGAGGAGACGUGCCAAGCCACCCGCAGUCGGGGCACGAUGCCAUGUGGCCGGGUGGGGCUUUGUGUCGGACUUCGAGGAGCCACCUCCCGGGCUGAUGGAAGCUGAGGUGCGCGUCCUGGGCCUGGGUGUCUGCAACAGCUCCUGGCGGGGCCAGCUGAGGCCUGCCAUGCUCUGCACCCGCAGUGGGGACCGGCGGCGACGUGGCUUCUGUUCCGCAGAUUCUGGAGGACCUCUGGUAUGUGGGAACCGGGCUCACGGCUUAGUCUCCUUCUCCGGCCUCUGGUGUGGUGAUCCCAAGACCCCUGAUGUGUAUACACAAGUGUCUGCUUUUGUGGUCUGGAUCUGGGAUGUGGUUCGGGGCAUCUCCUCACACAGGACGGGACCCAAGAACAUGUACUGUGUCUGCUUCCAGGACAGCUCAUCAGCUCUGGCCUGA